GACAGUCAGCGAUGAUGGAGCUCUGUCUGGGCGACAGCGCUCAUUAUGACGCCGUCUGACACUUCCAGUGACAUUAUGCACAUUUUGCUCGCUUGACGCGCGAUGUGACUGCGGAUUCGAGUCAAAUAUGACUCGGAUGCUUGUAGCUAGCUAGCUGUUAGCUUAGCCCUCAUCCGUCCUGCUACAGUGAGAGCUCCAGCAGGCAGCUAGCAGCUCAGCUGAUCAGCUGCGGCACUACACAGAGCCCGGCGAGAAGAUGAUGAGGCCUUAAAUGUCAGAUCGGCGACGGUGUGUUCAGUCAUCAAACACAGGUACUGUCAUUCAUGGACAGGUGAAGCUGAGGGACUGUCAGGCACCUUUAUCGCAGUGGCGUGCACAGACACUUGAAGGGGCAGGGGCCAAAAACCACAGCCCUGACCCCGAUGUGUGAUCUAGGUGGGGCAUAGCAGGGUCUUGUCUCCGGAGGUUUUGGACGUCCUGUUGAUGGUUGCUGCUCGUCUUCGGCCUCGUCCACAGACAUGGCGUCGCAGCUCCAGGUGUUCUCCUCUCCCUCUGUGUCCUCCAGUGCCUACUCUCGCUCAAAGAGGCUCAAAGUGGAGAACCCUGCCUGGGAUGUGUCCAACCAGCUGGGAGAUAAUGGUUACUACCAGCAGAGCCCCACCCAGGGAGCUGCACCCUCCACUUCUGGCUCCAGCUUCAACCCAGUGUACAACGCCAACCAGGUGCACCCGCCGACAGCGGGCUCCCGGGAGCAGACGGUGGUGCGGGCGGCAGACAGCACAGGCAGCCUUCGCGGCCCUCCCUCCUCCUCUUCCUCCUCCUCCUCCUCCAGCCGUCGCGUCAAGGAUGCCGAGUCCUCCUCCCAGCCGUGCGACCUCUACCACAAGCAGUACAGCUUGAAGCGGAAGAGCGAGGAGGUGGACAGCAGCGACAGCGUCCAGAUUCUUGAGGAGCUCUCGGCCCCCGUGGUCUCGAACCGCACCGGUGGUGGAGGGGGGACCACCACCGCGCAGUCGAUAGCACAUUCCACUUCGACCACGAAGAGCAGCAACUCCCACAGCGAGGGCGACUACCAACUGGUCCAGCACGAGAUUCUGUGCUCCAUGUCCAACAGCUACGAGGUGCUGGAGUUCCUGGGACGCGGCACCUUCGGCCAGGUGGCAAAAUGCUGGAAGCGGGGCACAAACGAGAUAGUGGCGAUUAAAAUCUUGAAGAAUCAUCCUUCAUAUGCUCGGCAAGGUCAAAUUGAAGUCAGCAUCCUGAGCAGGCUGAGCACAGAGAACGCCGACGAGUUCAACUUUGUCCGCUCGUACGAGUGUUUCCAGCACAAGAACCACACGUGCCUUGUGUUUGAGAUGCUGGAGCAGAACCUUUACGACUUCCUGAAGCACAGCAAGUUCAGCCCCCUGCUGCUCAAGUGCAUCCGGCCGAUUCUGCAGCAGGUCGCCACGGCGCUGAUGAAGCUGAAAAGCCUGGGGCUGAUCCACGCCGACCUGAAGCCUGAAAACAUCAUGCUAGUGGACCCUUUGAGGCAGCCAUACAGAGUGAAAGUCAUUGAUUUCGGCUCCGCCAGCCACGUGUCCAAAGCGGUUUGCUCCACCUACCUGCAGUCUCGGUACUACAGAGCUCCAGAGAUCAUUCUGGGCCUUCCUUUCUGUGAAGCGAUCGACAUGUGGUCUUUGGGAUGUGUCAUUGCUGAGCUGUUCCUGGGAUGGCCCCUUUAUCCCGGAGCCUCGGAGUAUGAUCAGAUUCGUUACAUUUCCCAGACCCAGGGCCUUCCAGCAGAGUACCUCCUGAGUGCAGGAACCAAAACCAGCCGCUUUUUCAACAGAGGCCCCGACUCCAGCUACCCCCUCUGGAGACUAAAAACUCCCGCAGAGCACGAGGCAGAGAUGGGCAUCAAGUCAAAGGAGGCAAGAAAAUACAUCUUCAACUGUCUGGAUGAUAUGAUGCAGGUGAACAUGACAAACUUGGAGGGGACGGACAUCUUGGCGGAGAAGGCCGACAGGCGGGAGUUCAUAGACCUGCUGAAGAAGAUGCUGACGCUGGACGCAGACAAACGGAUCACGCCCAUGAAGACUCUGAACCACCCCUUUGUUACCAUGACUCACCUGCUGCACUUCCCUCACAGCUCACACGUGAAGUCCUGCUUCCAAAAUAUGGAUAUAUGCAAACGCAGAUGCAGCGCCUUUGAGAAUGGAAAAAAUAUGUUUGCCAGCAACAAUACCCCAAGUGCAGCCGCCAACCUCACCGUCACCUUCAGUAGCCAACUAAACCAGCACAAUCAGAUGGCCUCCACAGGCGGCCAGUCCCUGUCCCUCAGCAGUAACGUCCCCUUGCUGAACUACCAGCCUGGCCUCUACCAGCAGGCCACUAUAAACAUCCCUGGUCUAACCCAGCAGGGCGUGCCCCUGCAGACCAGACCCACCCAGCUCUGCACCCAGACUGAGCCCUUCCAGCAAACACUCAUAGUUUGUCCCCCGACCAUCCAGGGUCUUCAAACAUCCAAUAAGCCCUCUGGUUAUCCAGUGAGGAUGGACAACUCAGUACCGUUAGUUCCUCAGAACCAGUCGUCCCAGUCUCUUCACAUCCAGCCUGGCAUGCUGGCACAGGCCUCCCUGGACCCGCUGCUGGUAAGCAGCCUGUACGCCUCAGUGGCGGGGAUGCCGCGUUUAGACUCGGUCCGGCUGCCAGUGGGCUGCAGGGGCGAAAGCCUCGGCGGCUUGCUGGAUCAGAGCGCCUCCAUGCUGCAGGGCUGGCCAGCAGGCACACAGCAGAUCCUCAUCCCUUCCACAUGGCAACAGAUGCCAGGCAUGGCCAUCCAUAACCCUGGGCAGGCCGUAGUGCCGGACUCACCCAUGGGAGCCCCCAUCUCCGACAGUCAGCAAGCGUCCGGCUGGAGGGGUCGUCAUGGCAGCCAGUACGAUGGCGUCAGCCAGCAGGAAGCUGGCGUCGGCCGUCACGCUGCCUCCCAAAGCCACAACUCAGGGGCCGCUCACUCGAGAGCCCAACAGGGCAAGAGGUCGAAGGGUCGACACGCAGAGAGCAGAGCCAGGCCCGUGUCUUCGGUGCAUUCGUCCACCACUGUGGUCCACAACACUUCCGCUUUUGCUGGUGACCAGUCUCAGCCCAUCGUCAUCUCCGACACACCCAGUCCCGCUGUCAGCAUCAUCACCAUCCACAGCGACUCGGAGGACGAGGAUGACAGGAAGUUCCCUGCUGCCUGCUCUGGAACAAGCCAGAGGACCAACGUGAUCAGCUGCGUGACGGUGCACGACUCUCACGACUCUGACUCCUCCACCAGCAGCCCCCUGAGCCCCAAGACCACGUCCCAGCCCACCAAGUCUCUGGCCAUCAUCAUGCCCUCUGUGAAGAGCCAGCCAGGGGAGAGCACAAGCCACAAAGCCCCAGCAGCUCCAGGUCCAGAGGGCACUUUUAUCCAAACACAAAUGUCUUUAUUCUCAGAUCAAGCUCCAAGCAGCUCUGGAAAGUCCAAGAAGGGGUCAACUCAGCAGUCCGGUCGGCCUGGAGAGUCCAGCGCUGAUCGCCAUCAGCGGGCUGCAUCCAGCAGGUCCCAGCCUCUCAACCUGAGUCAGGUCCAGCAGUCUGUGAUGUCAUCAUCCCAUGACCAAACAGGAAGCAGCGGUUCCCUGAGGCGCCAGCCCACAUACCCCCCUCCCGUCUCCUCCCACUCAUCCUACAACACCCUCUUCAGCUCGACCCCGAACCUGUACGCCUACCCGGCGUCUGCCGCCCUGGCCUCCGUGUCCCAAGCCAUGGACCAGAUGCAGGGCGGCCCGUCCCGCCACGGCAGGGCGAGCGGAGCUUAUUCUUCCCUGGCGUUGCUACAGAAGAACGGCAGCUUGGCUCUGGCAGGGUCUGCUGCGGGACAGUACGGCAACCACCAACAGCAGCAGCAGCAGCAGACGCAGCAGCAGCUGGGAGGGCAGCCUUUCCACCACUCCAGUGCCACUUACCAGCGAAAACUCAACCAGUACCCCUACCUGUAAAGACUGAAGCAUGAAGACCAAAAGGAGACCGAGACGAGGAGCACAAGCUCAUCACGGGUGACUGUGAUUAGACUUCAACUCGACUGAACUUUUCUUUCCUGUCCUUAAUCCUCUGAUUCUUUUGAAUGAACCAGUCACAGAAUGUAUUUAUAUUUUAACCGCGGUCAGUUUUUAAGUCUGUUGUGUUGCGUACAGCAUGUUAACAGCGACAAACGGUGCAGUCUGCAUCUGUCGGCUCUCUACUCGUAUGAACGUUUGAGGUUAAAGUGCUAAACUCAGCUUCAGUUUAACAACAUCAGAUGGAACGAGGAGGAAUCGUCGCCCUUUUCAUACAAAUCUCCCGAUUUAAGGGGCCGGACAUAAAGCAGAAAAUUCUACUUCCAGGCUGCAGUUUUGAGUUGAUUUUUAACAAGUUAAGCCCCAAAAUUUUAUUUAUUUAAGAAACGUGUGUUGAGGAGAAACGGGAACUUGCUGCUCUCUAUUAUUAUUAUUAUUACUGUCAGAAUCAUCAAGUCAUUGUUUAAAAGUUGCAUUUACAUACAGUCGCCUUACUUAUUUAGGCCAAUGUCUUUUACUUCAAACUUUAAUGUGUCAGCACGUCGCGAUAAGUUGAAUGAAUACGUUUCAUUUAUGAAUGUACUGUGUGCGUGUUUUAUCUGUAUUAUGAAAAAAAGGAAGCUGUGUACUGUACUGUAUAAUGAUGUGUCACUGUUCUUCAGAUGUUUUCCAUUCUGUUUCAGCACUGGCCAUUGACUCAAUUAUUCAGCACGUUGAAUGAUGCAGUACGUUUCAGCGUAGAGUAGCGCGUGGUAUUCAGAGGGGGCGGUCACCUUUUUUUUUACAGUUCAUCUUAAGGUUGCAUGUGUCUGACAUGGCGUAGCAUUCAGGACACGUUCGUAAACUGCGGCCUCGCUGACUUUCAGCGUCACUCGCAGGAGGAUUAUUAAUGUUCGAUUUGUACGGCAAACACGUUAAUGAUAUUGGGAAAAUGUAAAAGCUCUUGUCUUGUGAAGUGAUGUUUGUGAAGUACAGCGUGCACAUAAAACCUGAUUGGGUUUCACACUAUCAUGUCAAAGCUAAACUUCACGGUAAUACGUUUGAAUUGUGAAUAAUCCAACCUGACGAAGAUGAUUUAUAAAAAUAUGAAUCGAUGUUCAGUGUGUAACUGCUUCUAAACAAAUCAUUGGUUUGGUGAAAUGAUGGUUGUUCUUACAAUCCUGCUGUGUUGUGAAGUGCUACAUUACAUAGAACACAAUGAACCUUAACCCGUAUAUACGCAAUAAAAUCUUCAACAGAAA